AUGCCGGUCUUUCUGGAAACGCAGCAGCCCGUCAAGUUGCUGCUGCAGCUGGCCGUGCAGUCGACGCAGAGGAAAUCAAAAGCCUGGCCUUGCAUUCCAUCCCAAGUUACAGUUGUUGCCCGCCUCUCUUCGACCUCCACUCACCCGCCUUUUCCACCUUUGCCGUCUCCCGCCCACCUCCCACAACCUGCCACAACCUGCCACAACCCCCCCAAGCACGUUCCUGGCCUGGAACUCGAGCUUGACGUGUAUUGCCCUGAGACCCCAAACCGCGUGCGUGUACCUUUCAGAAUCAGACGCAAGGCAAGCACCGGUCAAUCAACGGACUUUCAACCAUUGGCAACAAGAGGGGUGCUCAGGUGGAGGGGAAUUCCUCAAGCCCGCGCCAUUACGCGUUUCGCCCCUCAUCAACCAUCCCACCCGUCCAACCCGUCCAACCCCAUCACAGUUACGAGAUGGACGUCCGUCGACAAGACUCGAUCAGCCACCACUGCCACUGCCAACUACCCACCAGGAUCGACGCCCGGGCAUUACCUAUUCACUAUUGAAGACGGCCACACAGCUUCGACUACCUUACCUAUCAUGCGAGGUCGCUACCAGAUGGGCACGACGGGCUUUGCGUCAUUCCCAUUCCGCCGCUUUGUUUCUCUGGCUUUAAGUCGAUGCUACUUCAGACUCCAGCCUUCGCCAUACACUACACGCGGCUCUCUUUCCCACUGGCAGUCAAUCAUGAUUGACCUUUCCGAUCCCGAACGAACAUUUCCUCGGGCAGUAUUGUGGUUUGUCUGUCUCGCGGGAGCGGGACUGCGUUGCGACUCAUGGGACUUCUGGCACAACGCCUCAAACACAGUCAGACAGCAUCUUUCAUCUGAUACUCGAUCCUCAGAUGCCAUGAUUACCGAACAGCAUCUCGACAAUGGACCCCUAAGGCCGAGACACACAAUCACUUGGAUUGGACGCCUGAGGACAGCGAGGAUCAUGCCCGUCCCACCGCCUCUUCCUCCCCAGUGCUCCACGUUGUCAAUUUUUGCCCAGCCCGGCUUUGGGUCCUUGGGGUGCACACAUGACGCGGAUCGAUGGCUUACGGUACGCGCACAACAGAUACGUGGACGUUUGUACGAAGUACGGAUACUCGACGGGAUCAAGUUGCCUCCACAAGGCCGUGAAGGCCUAUCCGCUCACUCUGCUACGACCCAUGCCCAGUUCCACAACACUACAUACCAGCCUGUAACUCGAAUUCGAUUCGCCUGCACUGAGCCUUACUAUCAAUGGUCAAGGGACCCCAAUCGGAUCCGUCAACUUCAAUCAAGUCCCUGGGGAACUUUGCUGUUGCCGUAUGAUGGUUGUGUCUCUCUCCGGGAUUCUCUGGUAUUUCCCGCCUCCCCGCAUCCAAAAACGUUGCGCCGGUCUUCGUAG